GUGUUCAACUUGUAUUUUGUAUUUAAAGUGUUGAAGUUUUGGAGGUUUAGUUGAGGUAAUCGUUGCACCAUAUUUGAACAGUUGACUACACACCUAUCUUUGUCAAAUAUAGUGAAGCACUUCAUCGCAUUACCUUACUCAGAGGGGAUGACAAAACUCAAUACUUUCUCAACACUUUGGUAUUUCGCAGUUCCAAAAUUUCCAGAGACUACUUCCCUUCCCUUCCCAGCGAGAAGUGACAUGUUUAAGAUUGUAACAUGAUUCUUUCAUAAAGGACCUCCUACUCAACCUCCUACUUAGGCAAGCUACAGGACACACUGCCGCAAGCCUGUGAAACAACAGAUUUGAGAAGUAAGUUAGAUUUUAUUAUCUAAAAACAAUGUGGUAUGCUUAAUCAUGAAGUUUUGUGUUUCUGUUUCAGAAGUGUCAUAAUGCAGAGUGUCAAGUGUGUCCUUGUCGGAGACAGUAAAGUUGGAAAGACCUACCUAAUCUACACCUACAUCCACAAGAUCUUUCCUAAGGAGUACAUACCAACUACCAUCUUUGAGACAUACCAUACCCAGCUUCAUGUAGACGACCAGAUUAUCACCUUGAACAUUUUUGAUUCAGCUGGUAGUGAGGAAUACGACCGUGUGCGUGCCAUCAGCUACUUCCAAGCAAAUGUCAUCAUCAUCUGCUUCUCGAUUGAUAGCCCAACAUCAUAUGAGAAUGUCAAACGCAAAUGGCAACUAGAGGUUAAACACCAUUGCCCUAAUGUGCCUAUCGUCCUUGUGGGAACUAAAAGUGACCUACGUGAUGAUCAGGAAGUCCUGGAGAAACUGAGAGAGCAGAAUCAAACCACAGUCACCCAACAGCAGGGCACAGCGAUGGCAAAGGAAAUAAAGGCAGUUAAAUAUCUUGAGUGUGCUUCAAUCAGCCUGAAUGGACUGGAUGAGGUGUUUGAUGAGGCUGUGCAUGCCUUUCUUAAUCAUUCAACCACCACCAAGAACCCCUGCGUACUCUUAUAAGUUAAGGUUGCAUAUAAAUAUUUGAUUUUAAUGUGAUUAUGUUCAUUUUGUAUGACCAUUUAUGUAUGUUUCUGUACAUAAUAUGGCUGUGUAUGCACUUUAGAAUGCUUACAAGUAUCUAACUUGAUUUAAAUGUUUUUGAUUUAUUUAUUUUAUUUUGUCCUUUAUAUCUGCAAUUGGUAACGUUGAAAUAAGUUGUUCUCUCCUGUUGUUGUGACUCAGCCACACGGAUAAAACAUGUUUUAUACACAGUUUUGA